GACUGCCAACAUGCUCUUGGCUAGAGAUUUACUCCAUCCCUCCUUGCAGGAGGAAAAAAAGAAACAUUAAAAAAAAAAAAAAAAAAAGGCUAGUUCAAAGUCCGAAUUCUUAUUUUAUGGAUGUAAAAUGCUUGGGUUGCUACAAGAUCACCAUGGUUUUCAGCCAUGCUCGGACACUGAGUUUUUGUGUAGGUGGUUCUACAGUUUUGUGCCAGCCUACAGUAGGAAAGGCCCGACUCACAGAAAGCUGUUCCUUUAGAAGCAAACAACACUAGUGCCCCACACAACUUCCUGGAUUUGUGUUUUCUCACCGAAAGCCUUAUCGUUAAGUUCAGUGAUUAGAGUGAAUCUACUAAGAGAAUGUA